UCAUUCGAGACAGUUGUUCAUUCGAUCUGGGAAAGGGAACAUUAUCAAUGGAUAUCUAAAUGUCGCGAAAUUCUCGCGGAUAUAUCCGACGAGCGAGUCGCGAAUAAAUCUCCACGAGGUGAGACAGAAACUGCAAUUCGUAUAAACGAAGUCGUGUGACAUUUGAGUUUACAGUGACCAUUAAAAAAUUACACGGAACGGAUUAUGGUGAAUUUAUUCGUCGGGAACGAAGCCGUCGCAUUAGUUUCGAACGAGAUUACGACGAAGACAAUCGACUACCUGCAGCUCUAAAAUAAAGAAUGUACAAUCGAGCAUUUAAAGCGUGGAGAUAUUUAUUGUGCGGACGCGGAAACGCGAACGAAAGCGUGAGGUGAGAAUUCGUUCGAGGAGGUACAUUGUCGAAGAGUGUACAGUAUUUAUCACGCUAAUCUUACCCGCGAUAUAAUAGCAAUUAACUAACGUCCUGAAGCUGCGCGUUCAAUUCUCGCUGUCGCGCAUCGCGGGACAUCGCGAUUGCUGCUAUUGAGAUACGGCGAGAUCGAGCGAUUUCGGAACGUCUAGGCGUAAAUCCCUCGAUAGCGUUCCCCGUAUACGCCCGCAAAAUGACGCGACCGGAAGCGUUCGGUCUUCUUCUCGCGCUGUGUUGCGUCUUGAUCUCGGCGGAUGAACAGUUUUGCGCGUGGUAUGGUCAAUGCGGAAUAUCGGACGAUGUAUUACCUCGGGUGCGGUCUUGCGUGGCAAGGAACAUCACCGCCCGACCGAUCAACGAUGCGGCGUCCGAAGCUCUUCUGCGGAAGAGAUGUCCGCACUUCUUCGAGAAUGACGAAUCACCGAUAACAUGCUGCGACGCCGAACAGAUCGUCACGAUGGACGACAGCAUGCAAAUGGCGGAAAAUAUUCUUGGCAGGUGUCCGACUUGCAUCCGAAACGUGUUUCGACAGAUCUGCGACAUGACUUGCAGUCCCGAGCAGGGUCGAUUCGUGAAGGUGACCAAGAGUUCCGAAGCAAAUGGUGUCGAGUACGUCGUCGAAUCUGAGAUUCAUCUCACGGAAGAAUUCAUAAAUAGGACGUACGAUUCCUGCAAAAACGUCGUCAAUCCUACUAGCGGAAAUUUGGGCAUGGAUCUGGCCUGCGGUGCGCACGGAGCCAGCAGGUGUUCCCCGAAAUUGUGGUACGAGUACAUGGGCGAUGUCAAAGCGAACGCUUUUACGCCCUUCCAGAUGACAUACAUUUACGAUGCGGCUGACGAAUGGGGUGCCGAGCCGUGGAAUGCUGUAACAAAGAAAUGCAGCGAGGCUUACGACAACUCGUCCAUAGCCUGCAGCUGCGUCGAUUGCCCCAUCGCGUGUCCCUUCAUCGAAUUAGAGAUUGAGUCAAAUAAUACGUUUAUGAUCGGCGAUGUUAAUGGCUACGGUGUCAUAGCGGCUAUACUUGUCAUUUUAAUCCCAAUUGUAGCGGGUUUCACGUAUGCUUUGCUCAAGAAUCGUAAAAAAGGUUCUACCAAACCGCCAGCAAAAAAGACAGACAGAAACUGUACUCAAAGCUACCAAAAAGUUUUCGAAGUGGCCUUCGCUGCAUGGGGAACAGCGUUCGCCAAGUAUCCUAUUAUUACUUUGUUCACGACAUCAUACAUCGUUCUUGGUCUGAGUUACGGAAUCAACUACCUUUCGGUGACGGUGAACCCAAUAGAGAUAUGGGCAGCGCCGAGUAGCAGAUCGAGGCUAGAAAAGGAUUACUUUGAUAAUAGAUUCCAGCCGUUCUAUCGGACCGAGCAAAUCUUUAUAAAAUCCAAGGAUCUUGAUACGAUAAGGCAUAAUACUUCGAUUGGAGUUAUGUGGUUCGGACCAGUGUUUAACAAGGAGUUCUUGCUGGAAGUAUAUGAUCUGCAGCAGCAGAUUCUUCAAUUAGGCCAAGAAACUGGCGAAGGACUGGAAAAGAUCUGCUAUGCUCCCGUACAAAGCGAAUUUACCGGACCGGUUACUCUUGAUCUCUGCACUGUGCAAAGUAUAUGGGGAUAUUUCCAGAAUAAUCUUGCUACGUUCAAUAAAACAGAGAUAAAAGGAGGAUAUAACACUAAUUACCUUGAUCAGUUGUACAUGUGUAUGCAGAAUUCUUUUCAUCCAGACUGUCUGGCGCCGUACAAAGGACCCAUAAUUCCUACCAUAGCAAUCGGAGGUUUUCUGAAAGAAAGAGAGUUUAAAUAUGAUUCCUCCGAUUACAUUAAAGCGACCGGACUAGUCUUAACAUUUCUGGUGAAAAAUUCGCUCAAUGAAUCGGACCUCGUGACGAUCAAUAAAUGGGAACAGCGCUUUCUGGAUUUUAUGGAAAAAUGGAACGAAAAUGGUCGACCGGACUCCAUGGACGUCGCAUGGUCCACCGAAAAAUCGAUACAGGACGAACUAGACAGGACGUCGAAAGCGGAAAUGAUAACGGUGAUUAUUAGUUACCUCGUCAUGUUCGUUUACGUCGCCUUUGCACUCGGCAAAAUCAAGACUUCCGUUACCUGUUUUACCGAAAGCAAAAUCGUAUUGAGCGUCGGUGGAAUCAUCAUAGUCAUAGCAUCGGUCGCUUGUUCUGUCGGUCUUUUCGGCUAUGCUGGCGUGCCAACCACUCUGCUCACAAUCGAGGUAAUUCCUUUCUUAGUGCUGGCUGUCGGAGUCGACAACAUUUUCAUCUUGGUGCAAAAUCAUCAGCGAAAUAGUCGGAAAAUCGACGAAACAAUUCCAGAACACAUCGGCAGGGUUCUGGCCGCAGUCGGACCCUCGAUGCUGCUUACCAGUACAUCCGAAUGUUUCUGCUUUCUUAUUGGAGCGUUUUCUGCAAUGCCAGCGGUCAACACCUUUGCGAUGUACGCCUCGUUAUCGAUUUUAAUUAAUUUUCUCCUUCAAAUAACGGCCUUCGUCGCUUUAUUGUCCCUCGAUUCCCGGAGAGCUGAGAAUAAUCGCCUGGACGUUUGCUGCUGCGUUUCCAUCAAGGAUGAUUCGAAUGUCGACGAACGCGACGGUAUCGUUCAUACAAUCUUCGAGCGUGCGUACACGCCGUUUCUGAUGAAGACGCCGGUCAGAAUUGUCGUCAUAGUGAUCUUCGUCGCCGCUGUCGCUACUCAUGUCAUAGUCUUUCCGCAGAUCGAGAUUGGAUUAGACCAGAAGCUUUCAAUGCCCGAAGACUCUUACGUUCUCAAAUAUUUUCAGUACAUGGAGGACCUUUUGUCGAUGGGCCCACCCGUGUAUUUCGUUCUGACAGAAGGCCUGAAUUACAGCAAGAAGGAGGUACAGAACAUCAUAUGCGGCGGUCAGGGAUGCAAUACGGAUUCCUUGUAUACGCAGAUAUAUUCGGCUGCCAAUCAAUCCUCCGUGUCCUACUUGUCUAAAGCAGCCUCAUCAUGGAUAGAUGAUUAUCUCGAUUGGUCGACGAUUAGUGGCUGCUGCAGAUAUUUCCAGGCCAACGAAUCCUUUUGUCCGCAUGAUAGAGGCGGAUUCUGUAAGCUAUGUGACAUUACCAUUGACGAGAAUAUCUUUCGUCCGAAUGAGAUGAGUUUCAGGAAGUUUAUUCCCUAUUUCGUGAACGACGUUCCAGAUGCAAAGUGCGCCAAAGCUGGCAGAGCUGCUUAUUUCGACGCGUUAAAUUAUUACUAUGAUGAAUUCGGUCUGACCAAUGUGAACGAUUCGUAUUUCAUGGGUUAUCAUACUCCAUUAAAAAAAUCAUCUGAUUGGUACGAGGCGCUGCAUGCCGCCAGAGUAAUAUCGGAAAAUAUCACAAACAUGAUCAACGAUGCUAAGGUGUCCGAACAAAAAGUCCAUGUAUUUCCAUAUAGUGUAUUCUACGUGUUUUAUGAGCAGUAUUUGACCAUCUGGCAGGAAACCUUGUCGUCGAUAAGUUUAUCUAUUGCCGUGAUCUUCGUAGUGACGCUAUUUCUCACAGGAUUAUCAUUAUUUUCUGCAUUGAUAGUCGUUCUUACUGUCUCGAUGAUAAUAAUCGAUUUAGCAGGCUUAAUGUACUGGUGGAACGUCAGUUUGAACGCAGUUUCUCUCGUAAAUUUAGUCAUGGCGGCUGGUAUCUCCGUGGAAUUCUGUAGCCAUAUAGUGCACUCCUACAUCACUUCUGAAGCGAUGACGAGGGUCGGUAAAGCAUCGGAAGCUCUUUCCGUCAUGGGAAGUUCUGUAUUCUCCGGAAUUACUUUGACCAAAUUCGUAGGAAUCAUAGUGCUAGCGUUCGCGAAGACGCAGAUUUUCCGAGUUUUUUAUUUCAGGAUGUACUUGGGUAUUGUUCUGUUCGGAGCGGCACACGGUCUAAUAUUCUUACCAGUAUUAUUGAGCUUUAUAGGACCUGUAUAAGAACAUUGUAUGAAACCGAUAAGAAAGACCCCUUCCCCAGGACAAAAAAGUGCACAGCAAUGGAAAAAUUAUCUUAUUGUGUGCUUGUUUAGAGAUUACCAGCAUGAUUAACGCGUAAAUUAUUUCAUAACAUGACUACGAAAUUUUGAUUUCUGUAUCACUAUUCAUAUAUGUUUACUACAUGCAUUAGACUGAGUACACAACUGUGUAUAUUAAUUAAUGUCACGAUCACCAUGUAUAUAAUCGUACAUAUGUAUAUUUAGCACGAGCCAAAGUGCAAUCUUUUAUUAAACGUGUUUUUAUUA